AUGUGCCGCUCCCCUUCGAGAGCUGAGGCUGUGGCUAGGAAGCCAACAGCUGUGGAAGCGUCCGUUAAAAAGAAGCCAUCUCCGACUACUUCGGCAGCGACGUGUGUUGAGGAAUCUCCUGAGCAACGUGCACUUCCGGCAGAUGAACAAGCGGCUCCGAUAGCUGAUCGUGGAGCCAAUGAAGACGAUGAGGAAAACUUUGAUGUAGCUAAUGCGGUUUCCACUAGUUGGUUGCACACUGUAAUUGACAGUCCUUAUGGUGCGGCUUUGACUGAUCCUACUCUCUGUCAUGGUACCUCCUUGUAUACUGAUGAACUUUCGAACCCAUCUCCGUUGAUCACAGACAUACAGUUGUCACCUCGGAAUAGUCAUUUCAGUCGCUAUGAUUGCAGAGCACUAGUGGAUACUGGAGCUGGUAGGAGCUUUAUUCGAUUCGAUAUGCUUAAUAAACUACCGAAUUCCUUCAUCGUUGAUCGUCGUGAUGUUAAUAUAAGUGUUAUGGUUGCUAACGCUGAGAAGUUCGUCUGUAAGCAAGCUGUGAUGCUUGAUGUUACUACCCCUCAGUUGACAAAGCCCAUUUGGUUUCUUACUGUGAAGAGUCUAUCCUUCCCCCUUAUACUUGGACUUGAUGCUAUACGACGGCUCCAAUUGUUGAUUUUUGCUUCACCGGAGAAGAUUCUCCUCAAGGCUGGCUUGACCGAGAAAGAGGUCGGCCGUUGUGCUGGCAACCAAGAGCUUGAAGUUGCUAGUACGAAUAGAGGAGACAUUUCUGUUUGA